AUGCUAGGCACUGCCUGCGUCUACACACUCUUCGCACUGUUGGCGGCACACGUAGCACAGAAAACCAGCUGCGAAAUCGCCAACGCAGCGAACAGUGCAGCCGAAGUCCACCGCACAGUUUCUGGAGACCCCAAGUCGGAGAAGGCAGCCGAUCCUGAAACCGAGAUUCGCGACAUCAUCCACGACACCGCCCUGAAGAAGGAGCUUUCUGAGGCAGGCGAGAAGGUUGCAAAAAGCGCCGAAGUCGUUGACGAGUCGCGCAAAAGCCUCGACAACAUCACUAAGGAACGGGAAGACAUAAGCAAGGCAAUAGGUCACGCCAAAGUAGACAGGGCCAACGAGUUGCGCGAAAGGAAGCGCGAACUGCUGAAAAAGAUUGCUGCAAUAGGCAAGACGUUGCGGUUGGAACAUGACGCGAGGUACCCUCAUCUGGCCGGGCAGCCAAUCGUCCUCGUCGCGAAGAACGAGGACGACACCAAGCGCGCAGCCAGCACACUCGCUCACAUUGAAGGUUUGAGGGACGCCAUCAACCAGAUUCGCUCUCCCUGCUCAAGCCUGGAACGGGUCCGCUCCGCCGCCAUGGACACCUCUAAGCAGAACAGACACAACCGCUUCGUCAUUGUCCAGAAAACUUUGGAUUCCAUGUCAGCUGAGGAGCGUCUUCACUACGAUCGCAACAUGAUAGAACACUACGAGGGCAUCAUUCGCGAGAUAGAAGACAGCAUAGCCAAAGCCGACGAGGAGAUCGCUGCCUCGUGGCAGAACUACAAACAAUGA